GCCUCAGUAUGAGGGCCGCCGGUGGCGACGGCGGGAGGCCCGGGCCGCUCCCGGUCCCGCUCCCGGUCCCGGUCCCGGUCCUGCCCCCGCUCCUGGUCCUGGUCCUGGUCCUGCUGCUGGCGCCGCCCCGCUGCCCCGCCUUCUACCUGCCCGGCCUGGCCCCCGUCAGCUUCUGCGAGCCCAACAGGGAGGACGACGCCUGCAAGUCACUAAUUGAACUGUUUGUGAAUAGACUGGACUCGGUGGAAUCCGUUCUACCAUAUGAAUAUGAUGCCUUUGAUUUUUGUCAAGAUUCAACAGAAAAACGACCUUCUGAAAAUCUCGGACAAGUACUCUUUGGAGAAAGAAUAGCAUCAUCACCAUAUAAGUUUACUUUUAACAAACCAGAAACAUGCAAGAAAGUUUGUGUAAAAUCCUAUGAUCCAGCAAAUGAUGCUGAAAAGAAUAAACUGGCCUUUUUGAAGAAAGGAAUGCAGUUGAACUAUCAGCAUCACUGGAUUAUUGAUAAUAUGCCUGUAACGUGGUGUUACGAUGUGGAAGAUGGACAAAAAUACUGUAACCCAGGAUUUCCAAUAGGAUGCUUUGUUACUCAAGAUGGUCGAGUGAAAGAUGCUUGCAUUAUCAAUUCUGAGUUUAACAAAAAGAAUACUUUCUACCUCUUCAAUCAUGUCGACAUCACUAUUACGUAUCACAGUGGGGCAGAUGAAAAUUGGGCUGGAGCACGACUCGUUACUGCACGACUUGAUCCCAAAAGCUAUAAGCAUACUGAUGAAAACAAACUAAGUUGUGAAGGACCCCCUAUGGAAAUCCCUGGAGAAUUUUCGAAUAAAUUGAAUUUGAUCUACAGCUACUCUGUGAAAUUUGAAAAAAAUAAUGACAUAAAGUGGGCUUCUAGGUGGGAUUACAUUUUGGAAUCGAUGCCUCAUACCAACAUUCAAUGGUUCAGUAUAAUGAACUCCCUCGUAAUUGUUCUUUUCUUAUCUGGGAUGGUGGCUAUGAUCAUACUGAGAACACUCCAUAAAGAUAUUGCCAGAUACAACCAAAUAGAUUCUUCUGAAGAUGCCCAAGAGGAAUUUGGCUGGAAGCUGGUUCAUGGCGAUGUGUUCAGACCUCCAAGGAAGGGAAUGUUGCUGUCUGUCUUUUUGGGUCAAGGGACACAAAUUUUCAUCAUGACAUUUAUUACUUUAUUCCUGGCGUGCCUUGGUUUUCUCUCUCCUGCCAACCGAGGUGCUUUAAUGACCUGUGCCGUCGUACUAUGGGUACUACUGGGAACACCUGCUGGCUAUGUGUCUGCUAGAAUGUAUAAAACAUUUAGAGGUGAAAAAUGGAAGACAAAUGUUUUACUGACAGCUCUGUUGUGUCCUGGUAUUGUCUUUGCUGAUUUCUUCAUCAUGAAUCUUAUUCUUUGGGUGAAGGGAUCAUCAGCUGCUAUUCCCUUUGGGACUCUGGUAGCUAUCCUCGCAAUGUGGUUUGGAAUUUCCGUACCGUUAACUUUUGUUGGUGCAUACUUCGGAUUCAAAGAUAAGCCAAUUGAGCACCCUGUACGCACAAACCAGAUUCCCCGACAGAUUCCAGAGCAGUCCUUCUUUACAAAGCCAUUACCUGGCAUCAUCAUGGGUGGCAUCUUGCCUUUUGGUUGUAUUUUUAUUCAGCUGUUUUUCAUUCUGAACAGUAUUUGGUCUCAUCAGAUGUAUUACAUGUUCGGCUUCCUUUUCUUAGUAUUUAUAAUUCUUCUGAUUACGUGUUCAGAGGCUACAGUCCUGCUCUGCUAUUUCCAUCUAUGUGCUGAGGAUUAUCAUUGGUGGUGGAGAUCAUUCUUAACUAGCAGUUUUACAGCUGUUUACCUUUUUAUCUAUGCAGUUCAUUACUUCUUCUCCAAGCUACAAAUAACAGGAACUGCAAGCACUAUUUUAUACUUUGGAUACACGAUGAUCAUGGUCUUGAUUUUUUUCCUUUUCACAGGGACGAUUGGAUUUUUUGCCUGCUUCUGGUUUGUUAGUAAGAUAUACAGUGUUGUGAAGGUGGAUUGAAGAAUUCAAGAAAUCCUAGAAAUAUCUCUCCCCUGCUGUUGGACACAUAUAUUUUUUUUUACCAUGUACCUUGUAUAAUUAUUUUAAAUUUAAAAAGAAAGCUGAGCAGCAGUUUAUAUGGCACAGAACGGAUUUUUAUGGAAGAUAAGCAUCAGCAAGCAGAUUUAUGUCAGUUAUACACUUUCUUGGAAAAAAAAUCUAGUCAUUUGCAAAUAUCAAGGAGUAAAUUUAAAAUAGUUGAACAAGGAUUAAACACAAUUCAAAUUAGAAACUCGUCAUUUAUUUCCCUCCUUUUUGUUUAGAGCAACAGAUUAUUUAAUCAAAAUAUGUCUGGUAAAUCUUAUGUAAAGUGUGAAUUUUUUUAAAAUUUGAAAUUAUGUACAGAAUAUACUGCACUUUCUUUACAGCUAGUUUAUCAUUUUGCAAUUGAAAAUCCAUUUAGCAUAACGUAGAAUUUAUUAAAUACCAAAUACUGCUGUUUUUGUUCAAAUAAAACCACACGCCUUCACCUGA